CGACAACUUGUGCUGCUUCUUGAUGGAACAAACAAUAAGUUUCAGGGGUAUCAUGCGGACACCAAUGUUGUCAAGAUCGGGAGCCUUUUGGAUCGGGAAAACCCGAAACAGCGAGUUUUUUCGUUCGUGUAUCGUCGAGGUGUGGGCACAUAUGGAGACACGUCCACCGUAACAUGGACUCAUUAUUUCGAAGCGUGUUGGGAGCAAAUAACCGGCAAUACGAUCGAUCUGCAAGUCAUGAACGCAUAUGAGUUCCUCAUGGAUCACUAUGUCAAGCACGACAAGAUUUUUCUGUUUGGAUUUUCUCGCGGAGCCUACGCCGCUCGCUUGCUCUGCGGCAUGAUAUAUUACUUCGGUUUGAUUCCACCUGGCAAUCGUUGCGAAAUUGAACAUAUUUGGGCGCGCUACAAGCACCUCACGGGUGCGGGUAAAGUGCCCGGCGGGGAGCGAGAGCAGCGUGCCUUGGAGUUUAAGAACACUUUUGGACGAUAUGUCGACAUUCAUUUCCUUGGGGUGUUCGACACCGUGUCGAGUGUGUCCAGCGGGUUGGGGGGACUUGGCCCAAUUCAAUACUUCAGGAAUGCAAAGAGUAUGGUCAACGCCAGACAUGUUCGACAUGCCAAGGCGCUUGAUGAGCGGAGGGUCGGGUUUCAGAAUGUCGCGGUCCGGACUUCGAAGGAGAAAGACAAGAGGUGGCCAGACCAAUCAGUGGUCGAGAUGUGGUUUCCAGGCGAUCAUUGCGACGUUGGAGGAGGUUACGAGGCAAAGAAACCAGUUGAUCCUGACGACAACUACUACUUGGCAUCGGACAUCCCGCUUCACUGGAUGGUCACCGAGGCGGUU